AUGCCGCCAAAAAAGCGGAUAAGAGAAGGGAAUUCAUCAUCAAUCGGAAGAGAUGAUGCCGUGCAAUCGACAACAUCGGGAAAUGAAAAGGUGAUUCUUUCGUCGGGAACUGAAAUUCAAAGUGCCUCUCAGCCGACAAUUCGAAUUCGACCUUAUAAACAUAUAAGGGACAAAGUUUUGCAAUGCGUUAAGACCGCGUUUCAAGCGCAGGGCAACAUUCCAGAGCACACGGCGACAUCAAUUCGAUUCCUUCUGUCAGCGAUGAAUCAUAUAAGAAGAACGGAUGACCGAGAAGCUCUGGCGGCAUUUUUCAACGAGCUUGACAUCAGAUUGUGCAUGAUGUGGGCUGUCAGCACCAAUCAAACGGCUCGAAGCUUCAUGGCAUCGAUUAUUGGAUUUUUAUUUGAGUCGGGAAUUGCGUUGAGACGGAAAAAAGAAGACUUUCUGAUUUUCGACAUAAAAUAUGCGGGUAAAAUCUACAUGUGCCUUCGCAAAUUGAUGUUGGAUCAGCCCAAUGUCCGCUUAAUGGCAAUACGAUCUCUUCUGCUGAUGCAAAAUGAAACUAUUCCCAGCGAUUUUCACGAGGCGAUUGCAGAGCCACCAGCCGAAUUAUUGUUGCGCUCAUUUCGCGAUGUUUCUUGGGAAUGUCGAGAGGCAGUGGUGCAAGGGUUCAUUCCAACGACAGCUGAGCACGUCAAAUUGUUGGCACGUUACGCAUUGUCUGAUAAGUCAUUGAAGGUGCGCAUAGUUGCUCUUCAUAGCUAUGGCAGGCGCUCAAUACAUAUGUCAGAUAUGGAAACAAAGCUCAACGUGGCUUUCAGAUGUUUAACGGACCAUGACAAAACCAUACGUGAUGUUGUCAAAAAACACGUGAUUGAGAAGUGGCUAUUGGAAUUGGCUGACGAAUACAAAAAGAAGAAGCAGCAACAAGAAGAGCCCGAUAUUAUUGAAGUGACUCUGACCGGGGAAAGGGUUGUUGAAGAGCAACCGAUACCAAUAAGGACACAUGCCGGGUAUAUUCAAGCGGCGAGCUGUAUGAUGACCCAUUUUGGAAAUGUGUGCGAUAAGGAGGUUUAUAAAAAGGUGCAUGUGAUAAUGAUGACAGCUCUUGACAGUGUUCGCACUUUGUACAAUAUGAAAAGCGAGUCGAUGGAAUCAUUUGGAAAGGCAAUAUGUGAAGAUAUUGAACCGGAAGACCUGCUAUUUCAUAGAGACAAUUAUGAGAAGGUGCUCGAGGACCAUGGGUACGACAUGGAAAAAUUAACGAAUCAUGUCAUCUUUUGGCGAAUGAUUGUUGAGUUCUUUGCCCAAUACUCGCAGAACAGUAUUGAUAGUAUAUUGGCUAUCGACAGAAUGGUGCCGGAUAUUCUCAAGAUGGUCAUUUUGAUGUAUAAAAAAGCGUGGGUUGAUAUGUUGACCGACGUUUAUUUCACAAUGGGCAAUCCGAAGGAAAUUGUCGACACAGCAACUCAGGAUUUGGUUGCAAUAAAGCAUGGAAAUGGACUGAUCUCUGAGAUAUCAUCGGGAAUCGCUGAAUUGAUAACAAAAUCAUGUUUUGGCGGGGACGUUGACAUGGAUACCGUUUUUACUGAAAUGCCGACACGUCUUAAAGUGUCACCACAAAAAAUGAAUGAUCUUCACGAUAUUGUUAACUAUGAGCUUCCACUAUUCCAUUCUGCGCUCAAAGCUGAUAUUGUACAGCAAUUGGAUACCUUAAUGAAAUUCAAAUAUAACACGCUGAUCAAGCCGCAUCUAAAUGAUGCCAAUAUUGACCUUAGACUCUAUGCGAUCGAAUGUGUUGGAAUAAUUGGAAUGAUCGAUUUUGAUUAUAUCAAAAAUGAAUUGGUUGGAAUAGCGAGAAAUUUUGAUGAACAGCCAAUGGAUAUUAAGUGCUCAAUUGUGACGAUUCUCGGCGAUUGGUGCAUUCACUACCGAGACGUGGAUUUUGUGAGCAAUCGAAUUCGCGAAUUCAAUCUUGAAAUAAUUCAGCAGAAUUCUUUUAUUCCCGAAUUUUUGUGCAAUAUUAUAAUGUCAAAAAAGCCGGAAAUUGAGUUCUCGAAAAUUGUACUCAAAUCAGUUGAAGUACUCGCCAAAAUGCUUCUGAAUUUAAGCAUAGAUCCUGAUGAUGUGAAAUGGCAAAAAAGUUUUAUCACUUUGAUUUCCGUAACCAUCUUUAAAGCCGAUGACAAUUUUAAAUCGGUGUUUCAAUGUUUGGUUUCGGCGUUUUUAAAAUGCUUCGCAGGAAAAUGGGAAAAUCAAAUGUUGGUUGUAAAAAUGUUCAAGCAGUUCUUCAUCGAAUGGAACACAAAUCCGGUGCUUAUUGGCAAAGUCGACCAAAAUGUCGACAUUCACAAACGCCUUAAAAGGACUGCUGAGCUGUUUGCGAUUAUAACGAGACAUUCGUUAUUGGCCCAAUCUGAAACUAUUUUGAGCUUGAUCGAAUUUGGCGCAAUUCCAAAAGAUGAGCUGCGCUUGAUUAUUGAGGGUGUCAACGAGUUGAUUGCGAAUGCCGAUAGUUCGGAUAGCGAGGACUCAAUUGCUCCGCCCAUAGCGAAGAAAAGUGCCUUAAAUCCGCAUGAGUGA